UCCGAUUGAAUUAAAAAUAGAAUCGCCGGUUUACGUUAUUGAAGAAACAUAUGUAUAUUUUAUAUUAGAGAUUGGCAAGUUAUAUAUGAAUGAAUAUUUCAUUUGCCCUACUUAAAUUUCUUAAAUUUCGGAUACCAAACUGAAGUCCUUCCGUUUUGUUUAGGACUGCGAAUUGAAUGAAUAAACAGAUCAAAUAACGAAAAAGAUCGAAGAAUGAUUAAUGAUUAGAAAAAAUAAAUGGAAAACUCGGGUUGUAUUAAUUCAGAAAGACUCAACAAAUAGGAACUAAAAAAAGAUUAAGUCUUUCUAAUGAUCGAAUGAUUCAAUAAUAUUAUUAUUUAUUAUUUCAAUUUGGCGUUUUUAUUUUAGUUAUUUCGACUGGAUGAAUAUUACUAACGGAAUAAUUAAGUCCUAAUGCAUUGGUUGAUUGUAUCAUUAACCAUUUCUUUUUUUUGUGUGUGAGGAACUUAUCAUGAAUCCAUUGAUUUCUGCCGCUUCCGUUAUUGCUGCUGGAUUGGCUGUAGGGCUUGCUUCUAUUGGACCUGGAGUUGGUCAAGGUACUGCUGCGGGACAAGCUGUAGAAGGUAUUGCGAGACAGCCCGAAGCAGAGGGAAAAAUACGAGGUACUUUAUUACUUAGUUUAGCUUUUAUGGAAGCUUUAACAAUUUAUGGAUUGGUUGUAGCAUUAGCGCUUUUAUUUGCGAAUCCUUUUGUUUAAUCUCAAAAAAGAAAUAUGAUAAAUACAUAUUUCUUUUAUAGUCUUGGAUUUGCAGGUUGCUUUUUCACAUUUAUAGUAAAAUAUCGCUCCUACACAAUUACUCAUUCGUUGCGAAAAUAACCCACGGGAAGGACUUAUUUGAGGAUGAAGAAUUAGUGUUACCCACUCGCUUUCUUCCUUCCUUCCCCUUCGUAAGUUCCAAGGCGAAGUCUUGCAACAAAGGAGGUAUUUCGCAAUUCGCAUGAAACCUAGUACCUAAUUAAUAUUAAGAAUUCUAUU